GUUCGUUAUACACUUACAAUGUGAAAUUCUAACAUAACAUCUUCAUGCUUAAGCACUGUAACUCUUUCUCUCUAUCGCCAAGUUCAGUUCCCAACCUUUGGGAGCAAUGAGAAGACCCAAAUCGAAGGACUUUCGGAAGCAACAACGAGUCUCAGAAGAGAACGAGAUAAAAUUGUUGGAUUCAUGGAUCCAAAAUCAGCUACCAGAGAGGGGUUCCAACCCCAUAUCGCUUCCUCCUCUCCCCAAAAAUGCCCCUGUUGGGCGCUUCGACGACAACACCUUCUCGCGCUAUGCGGGUGAGGCGAGGUUUGAGCAGUUGCCUCUCUCCAAGAAAACCAAGGAUGGCUUGAGAGAAGUGAAGUUUGUCACCAUGACUGAUAUUCAGAGGGCUUCUCUUCCCCAUGCACUUUGUGUCCGUGAUAUCCUAGGUGCCUCCAAAACUGGAUCUGGAAAAACCCUUGCUUUCAUUAUCCCGGUGUUGGAAAAAUUGCGUAGAGAGAGAUGGGGACUUGAAGAUGGAGUUGGAAGCAUCAUCAUAUCGCCUACAAGAGAAUUAGCUGGCCAGCUAUUUGAUGUAUUGAAGUCCAUUGGCAAGUACCAUAAUUUUAGUGCUGGCCUGCUCAUUGGUGGUCGCAAGGAUGUUGACAUGGAGAAAGAACGUGUCAAUGAGCUCAACAUAUUGAUCUGCACACCUGAUCGCCUUCUACAGCACAUGGAUGAAACUCCCAAUUUUGAUUGUUCACAGAUGCAGGUUUUGGUACUAGAUGAGGCUGAUCGUAUUCUUGACAGUGGAUUCAAGAAGGAACUAAAUGUAUUCAUCUCACAACCUAUGUAGCACCGAUACUGACACGUGACACGAUAUGAUACGACACUUUUCUCAGCAACUACCAAAGCGUAGACAAACCAUGCUUUUCUCAGCAACUCAAACAAAGUCAAUUCAAGAUCUUGCAAGACUAAGUUUAAAGGACCCAGAGUGUCUGAGCGUACAUGAAGAGUCUGUGACUGCCACUCCUACUCUCUUGAAGCAAAUUGUGAUGAUUGUUCCUCUGGAUCAAAAGUUAGAUAUGCUGUGGAGUUUCAUAAAGACACAUCUUCAGUCAAAAACACUCGUCUCUCUUUCUAGCUGUAAACAGAACAAAAAGCUGAAUACUAUAGAAGGAUGCGAGAGGAUUUAAGGCAGAUAAGGAAGACAAGCUUGUAGAGCGUCACCGACAUAGAGAAAAAAGAAUCAAGCAGAAGAUGAAGUUGAAGGCAGGGAAUGUGGAAGAAUGAUUGAAGGUAUAUCAUCAGAAACGCGGAAGCGCAUCGUACCGAUGUGAUGAGGAAUGAAGAACACCACUUUGAUUACCUGAGAUGAAGCAGCGAGCGUGACAAUUUCUCACGUUCUGUUCUCCUCUUCAAGCCUCACGAUCUGCAGCAACGCACCACGAACGGUCGCAAUUCCGCUCUACGGUUGAUCUUCCAGGCUAUGACUCAAGGGGAUCA